AUGGCAGGCACGCGGCUCCAGAUCGUCGGCGCGUUCGCGCUGUUCGCGCUGCUGGCGGCGCCUGUGGCGUGGCACUUGACACGCGUCGAGCGUGUGCGUCUCCCCCUGUCGCGCAUCCAGCAGCUGUCGUGGCAGACGUCGCGCUUCGGCGGUCCCGAGCACUUCCAAGUCGACGUCUACAGCUUCAGCUCCUCGUCGCGGCGAUCUUCGCUCGGUUCCAGCAGCUCCAAUGUCGCGUAUUUUACGCGUAACUUACAGUUGAGUGCACAGGACAGAGAGACGAUGCACGCGUCCGUGCGAUCGGGACCGCAGGCCGCCGAUGACGCGCUCGAGACGCUCGUGCCGACGCUGGACAAGCGCUUUCGGGUGUUUUUACUGUGUGAUGAGAACAUGGCAACGAGAUUAACUCCAUCCCUGACGGUCGGAAAGUACCGCCAUGCGUGGUCCUUCCAGUGUCAAGUGGAGACUGGCGACGCCAUGCACAUGGCUAUCGAAAAGCUGAUGCAGAGCCACGUCUACCCUCAAUUGGGCGACAAGAAAAGCGGAGAGAGAGACAGAGCAGCAAAGACUGCACGGAGAGCGCUGCAGUAUCGGCUACGCUUUUCGCUGUUGAAAGAAAACCCAAUGACGCCGUGGAAUGAAGAGCUACAGACGCUAGUGGAUUCGUACAUGGGCCGAUUUGUGCAGAAAGUCGAAGCUGUGGCCGACUUUACCGUCGAAACAGAGGUGGUGCACUAUGCGAGACUGGCCAAGGAGAUCCAGCCAAGUGCAGAAGAAACGGCGGCUUUCUACAUUGACGCUGACGAUCUCAAACAUUUCAAAAGCGCAAACGACUACUUGGGCGCAUCGGUACUGGACGAUCGAGAGCAAGUGCUGCACUUUAUGGCUGCUCUUCCCGACAGUGUGCACGCUCCGUUGUAUAUUCGCUCGAGGGAUCAAGAACAGAGCGAAAGGGGGCUGGCUACGUCAUUUGAGCUGCCACAGUGGGGCAUUGCCGUCAUCCUGAACCCUUUUGCGUUCACGUGCAAUUCGACUGGCGACGCAUCGAGCAGCGAUGCAGCUGCGCUCGAUAUCAAGAACCGCGAGCUACAGCGCGUUAUGGGUCUCUUUGUCUCGGAGUUCCGCACACUGCUUGGCCUUCCGUCGUUCUUGUAUCGGCAGCAAGAAGAGGAUGCAGCAAGUGGUGGCGUCUCGAGAAGGCAGCUUUUGUUUCUACCUUCUCCAGCGGAUGGAGUUGCAGAGUGGGAGCUGGAUGUUGUCAUGAGGGAACGGUUUGCUACGCUCAUGACGUCGGCGAUCGAGACGCUCCGGUCGACUGUCGAGCUCGUGGAAGCGCUGCCGGAGCUGAGCGUCUUGGAGCGCGUACAAACGAGAGUGGAGACAGCGGUGGCAAGGCUCGAAGCCAUUCUGUGUGAUGCCAGCAGUCGAGCGCAGCUGCACGACUGCGUGGACGCGUCGGACCUGCAUCGUCUGCUGGCAAUGGCCCGUCAAGCAUCUGAGAUGACGGACGCUGCGUACUACGACCACACGAUGAUCCGUCAGCUCUACUUUCCACAAGAGCAAAUGGUGGGAGUGUAUGCUCCGCUCGUGGCUCCGCUCGUGCUGCCGUUUCUACUGGGCCUCGUGCGUGAGCUGAAGCGGUACAAAGCGAAACGAGCGGCGAAACGAGCAGCGACAAGGCCCAAGACGGCGUAG